AAGAAGCAGCGUCAUACGUACCUAGGGAUCGUCGUAAUUCCUUCCCUCGGCCAGAAAAAGAUCUAGGCGCAAAUAUCCGCAUCCGACUCCUCGUCUCAGAAACAUCCUAGUCGCAAACACGCCAACCACCGAUAUCCCCCUUCGUCAUCUAGACUCUUCGUCUACAUCGAUCGUAUCUCCCCUUAUUACCAAAAUCACAAUUCAAGAUGUCCGAACAAGUCGACCUCACCACUAUCCCCAUCUCUCCUAAUGGCGAUAACUCAACGUCCAACGAUUCCGACAGCGGCGGCAAGCUGAUCACCGUGUUCCAUGACAAGGAUAACUUCAAUGUCAAACACCCCCUCCAAAACAAAUGGACUUUAUGGUUCACUAAGCCGUCAAGCGGAAAGGGCGACAACUGGAAUGAUCUGUUGAAGGAAGUCAUCACAUUCAACUCCGUUGAAGAGUUUUGGGGUAUUUACAACAACAUCGCUCCCGUCUCUGAACUUGCACUGAAGUCCGACUACCACCUAUUCAAGGAAGGCGUACGACCAGAAUGGGAGGACCCCCAGAAUAAGCAUGGUGGCAAGUGGUCCUACCAAUUCAAGGACAAGCGCAAUGUCGACAUUAACGAUCUCUGGCUACACACCAUGCUCGCCGCGAUCGGCGAGACCCUCGAGGAAGAAGACGACGGCGAGGUCAUGGGUGUCGUCGUCAACGUCCGCAAAGCUUUCUACCGUAUCGGCGUUUGGACCCGCACUAUAGGAAAGAGCAUUCCUGGCCGAGGAGAUGGCGAUGUGUCGGGCGGUAAGGGCCGCUCGGUUGAGAAGGGCCAGAAGAUUCUGCAAGCUAUUGGCAAGCAGUUCAAGGAGAUUCUCAAGCUACCCCCUAACGAAGUUGUCGAGUUCUCGGGUCAUACCGAUUCUGCCCACAGCGGAAGCACAAGAGCUAAGGCUAAAUUCACCGUCUAAGUUACAACUGCUCAGUUGUCUCGAUGGACGGCUCCGACAAGAGCGGUGUUUAGAUGGUCUCCGGCUUUUGACAUAGAUUAGC